AUGGGUCCUCAAUUGGCAAUCCAGGUGAUGCAGGCUGUGGUUCAAGGAAAAGUUAUUCUAACUGAAGCAAAAUUUAUUGGCACUGCCUCUAAUUUUCAAGCUGAAGUUGAAGCUCUCCUGAGAGGUAUGCAACUUUGCCAAAGCCUUAGAUUUACUCAAAUUGAAGCAGAAACGGAUUCGAAAACUGUAGUCAACAUCCUAGCGAAUCCAACAAGUUGGCCAUGGCGAUCAAAGCAUUCUCUCAAAAAAAUAUGGCUUUUGGCACAAAAUAUAAAAGUCACCGUUCGGCAUGUGUAUAGAGAAACAAACACAGUAGCAAAUGAUCUCGCUAAACUCGCAAGUUCGCUCUGA